AUGCUGCGCAAGGUUGCCCCCCGUCCGUACAAGACCAUGGUGCGCCGCCUGGCCACCACGGACGCGGCUGCGGAGCCGCAUGCGGAGAAGGCCGUCCUUCAGCUGGUCCGUUUUGACCCCGAGACGAACUCGUCGCGCGUGGAGAGCUAUGAGUACGACAAGCACCACGAAUACAUGGUGCUGGACCUGCUCAUUGCCGUCAAGGCCCACCAAGACCCUACCCUGGCCUUCCGUAGCUCCUGCUGUGAGGGGGUGUGCGGUAGCUGCGCCAUGAACAUCAACGGGAUCAACUCGCUGGCCUGCAUCACGUUCGCCCAGCAAGUCACGACGGUCGCACCGCUGCCGAAUUUCCCGGUGAUCAAGGACUUUGUCGUGGACCUGCGCCACUUCUUUCAGCAGUACGCAUACAUUCGCCCGUUCGUGCGCAACGCCAACCUGCACCGAAGUCAGGUGGACAGCAUUCUGGAGCGGUACAACAGCGUCGCUCGCGUUCUGAGCGGUGUGAGCCCGUCUGAGGGGCAGGCGAUGGAGAAGGCGCAGGAGGAGCUUGCCUCUGUGCAGAGGAGGGAGACGACGGUGGCGGCUCUGCUGCGCCUUGCCGACGCUGCCGUGGAUGCCGGCAAUGCGACGCAGGCGCUCUCUGUGCUAGAGAAGGUGGAGCAGCAGGGCGUCGUGCUCGAUUCGACGAAGGUGGCGGAGAUGAUUGAGUGCGCGCUCAAGAACUUCGCUGCCAAGUCAACGUGA